UGUUGUGUUGAUGUAACAGAUGUAUAUUACACCAUGUCAUCAUGUAUACCGCUAGAUAAACUUCAUGUUAAAGUCGAUGUUGCUAAAAACAAGACCGAAGAUGUCCCAGCUUUGCAUCCUCGAUGGUCACAGAAGAUCCAGUUUGUAACGUACCAUGCUCCACCUUUGGACAUCAGUGACCGUGGUCAGUGUGAAGAAUGGGCUGACCGUCUCAAGUUCAUUGAAGAAGAUCUGCACUGGGCACUGCAAUUGCCUCAUGAUAAGUUUUGGUGUCAGAUUGUGUUCGACGAGACUUUUAUAAGUCUGAUUGACAGCUACCUGCGCUAUGCCCCAAGAACUCAUGACAUCUUGAUAGAACUCCCAGUGGACACGAAAUCACGUCAUGAUGAGGUUCAUCGUCUUGUGUUCAUGACUUGUCUUCGUAUGGCGACACAUAAGGAAUCAAAGGAACAUCACAUUACUCCAGGCGUGUUUGGUGAAAUCUUGUAUGAGAACUUCCUGUUUGACAUACCUAAACUGUUGGACCUGUGUGUUUUGUAUGGCGAGGGAAAUGGCCAGUUACUGUACAAGAUGAUUGAUAAUAUAUUUACCACUCAGCCUAAAUAUAACUAUGAUCUUCAGAACACAAUUCCAACCAUUCUGCAGGUAUUUGAUAAUAUUCGAGCCAAGUGCGGUGUGGCAGAAGUUAGUGGGCUGAUUCCAAAGAAACUGACAAAUCCUGGUCAAGAACAGACAGAACUGGUUACUAUGAUGGCUACAGACUUUCAAGAUGUGGUAUUUUAUCUAGCAGACACUGGCACCACACUGGCCAGUUUUCUGGACGUCUACCCUCCUGCCUGUAGCCUGUUCUUUAAAGAAGACUUUGUACAUCAUUUGGCUCAGCUAUAUGAAUCGGUGAUUCCACAAAUAGUAACAUCACUCAAGAAACGCAAAUUUGACAGCCACAGUCAUAAGAUGCUGUUGAGGCAAAAGACCCAGGAAGCAAAGAAUUCAUUGUUGAAAGUUGUUCACCUUAUCAUAAACACCUGCUGCAUACAGCCUCUACUGGAAAACAUUGGCGGUGACGAGAGAGUGGAAGAUUUCAUACAUGUGUUUACUUCAAUAUUAAAUGAACGAAGGUUCCUUGCUGAUUUUGAGAGUCGUCACCGUUUUGAAAAUUACCAGGAAAUACUACUGCAGUCACCGAUAGAAAUUGAUGAGAUGAGACUUCAGUACAUACAGGAUGCUAUCAGCUCAGCCUUCACUACUCAUGGUCGCCGGCGGAAACCAACCGGAGGCACAAACAGAGGGGGCAGGACUAGUCCUGAUGGCUCUCCAGGACCCAUGGAGGAUACUGGUGCUGUUGGAACAAUGGGCGGGGCUACAGGUGGAGCAGUGGGCGGGGCUAUAGGUGGAGCAAUGGGCGGGGCUCCAGGUGGAGCAGUGGGUGGAGCAGAUUUCACAGCUCAUGCUGACAACUUCCAAGUAGAAUCUUAUGAAAUGGAAGGCGCCUGUGCAGCACGUAAAACUGGUGUGGAGUUAGAAUCCCUCAUCUCCUCCGUUAAAGACCUACUUCCUGACCUCGGAGAAGGCUUCAUUGAGGUUUGUUUAGAGGAAAUGGACUACAACAUUGAACGUGUCAUCAACUCGGUCUUGGAGGACAAAUUACCGCCCUCCUUGCAAGACAUGGACAGAAAUAUGCCUCGGGAAGUGUCACAACCUGGGGAAGCACCAAAAUCUUUAUUGGAUGGUCGACGAAACGUGUACGAUAAUGAUGAAUUUGAUGUGUUCAGCCGUGAUUCUGUAGACACGUCUCGUAUAUUCCAUGGGAAACAAAAUAAGAUGGACAAGAUAUCACUGGACGAUAAGACAAUCGGGUCAGAGGACAAAUUCAGACUCAACGAAGCCUAUGGUUACGUUGUGGAAACGGUGACUGCAGAGGAAGCAUCACAAUAUGCUAAACUGUAUGAUGAUGAGUAUGAUGAUACGUACGACACAAACAAUGUCGGUGCAGACGAUGCCGACUCGGCUGAUGAGCUGCUGCAUGGAAGGCCACUUACCGUUCCAAGGAUACUUGGAGGAGGUAACCAAGGAAGGACACAAAAGAGCAGUGAAUCAGAAUCACAGGAUUCAGAGGACGAGAAAAAACAACGGGAUCACUUUGUACAAGAUCCGGCCCUCCUGAGGCAGAAAGCGGAACAACGCAGAAUAUCACAGAGAAGAGGUCAAGGUCGUCGGUUUGGCCAAGGUCAAGGUAGAGAACAGGGCCAGGAGGGACAAAAGUAUGAUGUCAAGGGCAAGGCCAAAGGACAAGGUCAAGAUGCAGAUGUCCUUAAAAACAGAAAAUUUAAGGAGAAAAAUAAAGCAUCGAGAGGAAAUCAUAACAGACGUUACAUGUCUGAUAAAAAGAGGAUGGGGUUUGGGGGAGGGCCGUGAAACUUGUACACAUAACAGACGUUACAUGUCUGAUAAAAAGAGGAUGGGGUUCGGAGGUGGGCCAUGAAAAUUGUACACAUAACAGACAUUGCAUGCCUGAUAAAAAGAGGAUGGGGUUUGGGGGAGGGCCGUGAAACUUGUACACAUAACAGACGUUACAUGUCUGAUAAAAAGAGGAUGGGGUUUGGGGGAGGGCCGUGAAACUUGUACACAUAACAGACGUUACAUGUCUGAUAAAAAGAGGAUGGGGUUUGGGGGAGGGCCGUGAAACUUGUACACAUAACAGACGUUACAUGUCUGAUAAAAAGAGGAUGGGGUUUGGGGGAGGGCCGUGAAACUUGUACACAUAACAGACGUUACAUGUCUGAUAAAAAGAGGAUGGGGUUUGGGGGAGGGCCGUGAAACUUGUACACAUAACAGACGUUACAUGUCUGAUAAAAAGAGG